AUGGGUGUUCCGGCUCUUUUCCGUUGGCUCUCCAACAAAUACCCUAAAAUUAUUUCGCCUGUCAUCGAGGAGCAACCAUAUGAAGUCAAUGGCGAAGUGAUUCCCGUUGAUACGACCAAACCCAAUCCCAAUGGCGAGGAAACAGACAACCUGUACCUAGACAUGAAUGGUAUCGUCCAUCCAUGUACGCAUCCAGAAGGCAAGCCUCCUCCAGCAAACGAGCAGGAGAUGAUGCUUGAGAUCUUUCGUUACACCGAUCGAGUCGUGAACAUGGUCCGCCCGAGGAAGCUUUUGAUGAUCGCAGUUGACGGCGUUGCGCCCCGUGCAAAGAUGAACCAGCAACGCUCUCGACGAUUCCGUUCAGCGCAAGAAGCUAGGGAGAACGAUCAAAAGAAGGAAGAAUUUCAAAAAUUGCUGGCCAAGCAAAAUGCCGCCAAGGGUAUUGACCCGGACAAAGAUAUCAAGGAACAGGUCAUUCAGAAAACGUGGGAUAGUAACGUUAUCACGCCUGGUACACCAUUCAUGGAUAUUCUCUCUGCAUCUCUACGCUACUGGAUUUCCUACAAGCUAAACACUGACCCUGCAUGGGAAAAGAUGAAAAUCAUCAUCAGUGACGCUACUGUUCCCGGAGAGGGUGAGCACAAGGUCAUGAACUUCAUUCGAUCUCAACGACAAGACCCCAGCCACAAUCCAAACACGCGCCACGUUCUGUAUGGGUUGGAUGCGGACUUGAUCAUGCUUGGCCUUGCAACUCACGAACCACACUUCCGAGUCUUACGUGAAGACGUUUUCUUCCAAGAGUCGAGGCCCAGAACAUGUCGUCUCUGUGGCCAACCUGGUCAUAAAGCCGAGGAAUGUAGAGGUGAGGCAAAAGAGAAGAAUGGCGAGUUUGAUGAAAAACAGAAAGCUGCACCUCUGAAGCCUUUCAUCUGGCUCAACGUUUCUGUACUUAGGGAAUAUCUUGCUGUUGAGCUGCAAGUACCUCAGCAGCGCUUCCCCUUCGAUUUAGAACGAGCGCUCGAUGAUUGGGUAUUUAUGUGUUUCUUCGUCGGAAACGAUUUCCUGCCCCAUCUUCCGUCCUUGGAUAUCAAGGAGAAUGCUAUUGAUUUGUUGAUCUCUAUCUGGAGAGAAAAUAUACCACUCAUGGAUGAUUACGUGACGAAGGAUGGUAUCGUCAACUUUAACCAUGCUCAGCUCAUACUUAACGGUUUGGGCAAGCAAGAAGAUGGAAUUUUCAGAAGACGGAGACAAGCGGAGGAAAGAAAGGCUGCCAACGAACAACGUAGAAAAGAAGAGGAAAAGGCACGCAAUGCAGAACGAUCACAGAAGCGCCGGAGAAGCUCACCAGAUUAUACACCCGGGGAGCCAGGUCUCUCUGCUCCGCCAGCCAAAGGUCGCAAGUCAGGAGAGGGUUUCAUCGCGUCCACAGAGGUGACAUUAAUCACUCCAAGUCGAGGACACCUAGACAAGCAGACAAGACAGUUGACACACAGCAUGAUUGUCAAUCGAUCGGCUAUCUACAAAGCCAAUGAGGCGAACAAGAGUGCUGCCGCUGCGCUGAAAACUCAGUUACUGAAAGGUAAAGUGCCGGCCAGUGAUGAGACUGAAACUACAAAUAGCGAGGUGCCAAGCGGAGAAGAGCAGUCACUGGAAACUUUGCCACCUGCCCUAGGCAAAAGAAAAGCCGAGGAUUUGACUGAUGCGGAUAAUGGCACACCCGGCAGAGACACGCCAGUCGCAGCUGGGCCAGCAAAGCCUUCAGAUGAAAUGCCCCCAGAUACUGUACGUUUAUGGGAGUCUGGAUAUACCGAGAGGUACUACGAACAAAAGUUCCAUGUCGAUCCUAGUAAUGUCGAGUUCCGUCAUCAGGUUGCACGUUCAUAUGCUGAAGGUCUCCAAUGGGUCCUUCUUUACUACAUGCAAGGAUGUCCUUCUUGGACAUGGUACUAUCCGUAUCACUAUGCGCCUUUUGCUGCCGACUUUGUUGAUAUUAGCAGUAUGAAGCCGAAUUUUGUGAAAGGCACACCGUUCCGACCUUUCGAGCAAUUGAUGGGAGUUCUUCCAGCUUCAUCUAAUCAUGCUAUUCCGGAGAUUUUCCAUGAUCUGAUGUCAAAUCCGGACAGUGAGAUCAUUGACUUUUACCCGGAAGACUUCCCAGUGGAUCUGAACGGCAAGAAGUUUGCAUGGCAAGGAGUAGUUUUGCUUCCUUUUAUCGACGAAACUCGACUACUCGCUGCGAUGGAAAAGAAAUAUCCAUUGUUGAGUGCAGAUGAACAUGCUCGUAACACUGUUGGAACCGAUGUUCUCCUACUUUCCGACCAACAUCCUUUAUAUCAGGAACUCGCAGCAAACUUCUACUCUAAAAAGCAAAGUGCAUCGAAGUUCGCUCUGGACAUGCGCGUCAGUGAAGGACUGGCUGGAAAAGUAGAACGUGACGACAACCAUAUUCCUCACAGCGCGCUCGAACCUCCUUAUGAUGUUGAUAUGCCAUCUCUAGAUGAGAACAGAUCUAUGAUGGUCAAUUACGAGAUUCCAAAAUCAAGCCAUCUACACAAAUCCAUGCUCCUUCGGGGAGUACGAUUUGCACCCCCAGCACUAGACCAAGGAGACAUUUCUGCUGUUCGAAACAAAUCUCGAUCCAACGGACGAGGAGGUUUCAGACCCAACAAUGGCGGCGGCCGGGGUGGUAACCAGUACAACCAGUACAAUGUUCCAAGGCCAGGAAUGAACGACCGAGCAAACCCAUUCGCAGCACACUUGGAUCCAUCCUUUGUGCCGCCUCCUCAGGGCGGUGCUGGUGGAUGGGCCCCUCCUGCAGGCGGUGCGGGCUACUCUCGCGGUCCUCCACCCCCUCCACGCGGUGGCAGCUAUGGUUAUCAAAACCCGGCACAGGGCUACAACCAGUCUGGCUAUUACGGCCAAGACAACAACUACCAGCGUGGUCAGAAUCAGUAUGGCUACUCUGCUCCUCCUGCGGAUUAUAACCAGCAGGGAUAUUACAACGCACCACGAGGUGGUGGCGGUAACAAUCGUGGGGAUUCCAGAGGCUAUAACAACAACCGAGGUGGCUACCAAUCUCAAGGUCGUGGCGGCUACAAUUCCAGACGUAACGAUAGUUACGAUCGAUACUAG